AUGGACUCGAGCGGUGCCACCCAGCUCUUCUUCAGUGCAGUACAUCCUGAGCGCUCUUCUGAGUUCCGUGCCACAGCUCCCCCUAAACAAGUCAUCAAGGAUGGAAGAAGAGAGAUAACCAUGUGCUGCACAAAUUGUGGCAAAUUUUCAACCGCCGAGGAGGAAGUAAAGCUCAAACGAUGUGACGUUGUCAGUAUCUCCAUUGCAAAUAGUCUGAUUUGGCUGAGGAUAUCCACUAGUGCACAAUCGCAUUGUAUUGCUCUAGGGAUUCCUGAAUUGGGAGCGGGCAUCCAACCACUUAUCAAAUCUGUUACAGGCAACCCAAUGUUGGAGUUCUACAUCCAAGUCUGUCUGGCCAUCCGAUUCCAUUUGCAUGAUCUACGAAAAUUGACCGCUGCCGAGCGUGAAACAUGCAUUCGUGCGCCUUUGUUGGUUCACAUCGACGUCGGUAUUGAGCCGACCAAGAUCGCGCAAUACAUGAAUUUGUACACAUACCCUGAUGAAUACGACGAGGACGAAAUGGAAGGGAUGCUUCAGCUGCAUGAUCUCGUCUCCCCGUGGCCUGGGAUCCGCGAACGCCUCCGCACUCUAUCCGAUAUAAAUAUUGAGGUAUGGAAAAGAGCUCGAAUGUCUGCGGACGAAGAUGGAGAUCAGGAUCGAGCCGUGGUUCUAGUUGAGUUUGUAAACGACUUUAAACAGUCUGUCACAUGUGCAAUUGUCGUUGGCGAAGAGGCGAUUGAAACGGUACGAAGAGCAGAACCCUUCACUAUGCAGUCAGCUAUCACAGGCAAGGAAACUAAGAAGCCAUUGAGCAUCGCUUCUUGCUUCGAGUACAUCAAUACCCACAUUCGCUCGGAUCAUAAGAACCGUCUUCUUCUUCGAGCUCCAAUGCGUAACGUGGACAAGGAGCUGAUCAGAAAUCUCGGAAGGAAGGUAGACUCGUAUGCUACACGAGCGCUGAAGGUGAAGAUGGAUCGCGAACACGUAUACAUCCGUCAUUCGGCAGAAUUCGUAGCCGAGCACGCGAUGCUUCGACAACGUACGAUAGGCGAGGAACACCAAAUUGAGGGCCCACCCAUGAACCCGACUGCAGCCUUAACCACGCCCAUCAAACGCACAACCGUCCAGAUUGUGAGCGACAUAAAUGAUAUAUCCACCAAGCUCUCUGCGUUGCAUAACGCUAUCGACCAAUUCCCUCAGGAAAAUGGCACUCUCCAAGAGGCUGUGAGUGUUGACACCCUUGCUCGGGCACUCGACACAUCCAUCAAAAAGGGCACUGCGGAUAUUACCGCAAAUGGUGCGAUUAGUUCAGCAGAUGCUCCGGCUAUUUUGGACGCCAUUAAGAAGAUUGAACCGCUGGUUGAAACCACGUUAACAACAAUAGAAAACAGGAAAGACUCCCUGGCUGCCCUUAAAGUUGGCGGAAUCAUACAGCUUGUUGAGCUUGAUCUCAAAACUCUUGAUACCGACUCUUCUGCCUUUGCAAACUCCUUGAUACUGAAUGUUCCUACCACCUUUGUACCGUCGUUCACCACCAUUCGUGAUCAAAUUCACAAAGAUUACGUGACGGCUAUUGAAAUCUUUGCAUCUUAA